AUGCUCAGGUGCUUGAUAAAGGACUUUGAGACGCGGCCGUCCGUGACCCACCUGCUGGAGCAUCCCUUCAUCAAGCAGGCCCAUGGCAAGGAGCUCCCCCUGGGCCAGCAGCUCGCCAGCCUCGUGCACCAGCAGCAGGAAGCGCAGAAGAGCAGCAAAACCAAAACCAAGCAUGAAAGGAUCAAUACUCGUAAGACCCUCAUCAUAGAGAGUUCCCCCGACGAUGACCUUGUCAACCUGGAGGUUCUAGACGAGGAGACCAUCAUCACGCACCUCCACAGGAGGUAUGGCGAGCUCCAGAUAUACACCUACGUUGGAGACAUCCUCAUCGCCCUCAACCCUUUCCAGAACCUCAGCAUCUACUCCCCGCAGUUCUCCAAGCUGUACCACGGGGCCAAGCGCGCCGACCACCCUCCACACAUCUUCGCCUCGGCCGACGCUGCAUACCAGGGCAUGGUGACCUUCAGCAAGGACCAGUGUAUCAUCAUCAGUGGGGAGAGUGGAGCGGGGAAGACAGAGAGCGCCCACUUGAUUGUCCAGCAUCUCACCUUCCUGGGGAAGGCUAACAACCGGACGCUGAGAGAGAAGAUCCUGCAGGUGAAUCCCCUGGUGGAGGCUUUCGGGAACGCGUGCACUGCCAUUAACGACAACUCCAGCCGCUUUGGCAAGUACCUGGAGAUGAAGUUCACCCCCUCCGGAGCCGUCAUGGGGGCCAAGAUCUCCGAGUACCUCCUGGAGAAGUCCCGAGUCAUCAAACAGGCCACCGGGGAGAAAAACUUCCACAUCUUUUACUACAUCUAUGCUGGGCUGUACCACCAAGGCAAACUGAAGCACUACAGACUGCCUGACAGGAAGCCCCCCAGGUACAUCAAUAACGAGCAUGGCCGGGCGAUGCAGGACAUCGUGUCCAGCAAGCUGUACCAGGAGCAGUUUGACGCCAUUCAGGACUGCUUCCGCAUCAUCGGUUUCACAGACGAGGAGGUGAACUCGGUGUACAGGAUUCUCUGUGCCAUUUUAAAUACAGGAAACAUUGAAUUCGCUGCCAUCACUUCCCAACACCAGACAGAUAAGAGCGAAGUGCCGAACCCUGAGCCCCUGGAGAACGCUGCGUCUCUCCUGAGUAUCGGCCCUGAGGAGCUGCAGGAGGCUCUGACCUCGCACUGCGUGGUGACCCGGGGCGAGACCAUCAUCCGCACCAACACGGUGGACAAGGCCACGGACGUGCGGGACGCCAUGUCCAAGGCCCUGUACGGACGGCUGUUCAGCUGGAUAGUCAACCGCAUCAACGCCCUCCUCCAGCCUGACACCAACAUCUGUGCCGUGGAAAGUGGAAUGAACGUGGGAAUCUUGGACAUCUUUGGAUUUGAGAACUUCAAGAAAAACUCCUUUGAGCAGCUGUGCAUCAACAUUGCCAACGAACAGAUUCAGUUUUACUUCAACCAGCAUAUCUUUGCCCUUGAGCAGAUGGAGUACCAGAGCGAGGGGGUGGAUGCCAGCCUGGUGGAGUACGAGGACAACAGACCCAUCCUGGACAUGUUCCUCCAGAAGCCCAUGGGUUUGCUGUCUCUGCUGGACGAGGAGAGCCGUUUCCCCCAGGCCACCGACCAGACCUUAGUGGAUAAAUUUGAGGACAAUCUGCGCUACAAGUACUUCUGGAGACCGAAGCGUCUGGAGCUUUGCUUUGGCAUUCAGCACUACGCAGGAAAGGUCUUGUACAACGUCAACGGCUUCCUGGAGAAGAACCGGGACACGCUCCCGGCAGACAUCGUGGUGCUCCUGAGAACCUCAGAGAACAAGCUUCUGCAGCAGCUGUUCUCCAGCCCCCUGACCAAAACCGGUGAGAACGUUCCCCAGGUGGACACCAUGGAGAUGAUGCGCCACCCGGAAGAGACCACCAACAUGAGGAGGCAGACUGUGGCCUCCUACUUCCGUUACUCCCUGAUGGAUCUCCUCUCCAAGAUGGUGGUGGGACAGCCCCACUUUGUGCGCUGCAUCAAGCCCAACGACGACAGGCAGGCGCUGCGCUUCUGCAAGGAGAGGGUGCUGCUGCAGCUGCGUUACACCGGCAUCCUGGAGACCGUAGCCAUCCGCCGGCAAGGCUACUCCCACCGCAUCCUGUUCCAGGAGUUUGUUAACAGGUAUUACUAUCUGGCCUUCCGCGCCCACCAGAUGCCCGACACGAGCAUGGAGAACGCUGUGGUCAUCCUGGAGCAGGCCAAGCUGGAGAACUGGGUCGUGGGCAAGACCAAGGUGUUUCUGAAGUACUACCACGUGGAGCAGCUGAACCUGCUGCUGAGGGAAGUGAUAGCACGCGUGGUGGUGCUGCAGGCCUACACCAAGGGCUGGCUGGGCGCUCGACGCUACCGCAGGGAGAAGGAGAGGAGGAACAACGGGGCCAUCGUCAUCCAGUCAGCCUGGAGGGGCCAUUCUGCUCGGCAGAACCUCAGACAGAUCAGGAACGAGAGGGAGGAAGCCGCCGUACGCAUCCAGUCCAGUCCAGUGCUGAAGCUGCAGCAGAGAGCCCCUCGCCGCAGGCCCCACCAGCCCAAGCUGCUAAACAGCCCUGAAGACAGCCUCUACUACAACCAGCUCAAUAGAACUCUGGAUUACCAUGGGAGCAAGAGGAAGCCGAGGAAACUUGGCCACGUCAAAGUGCUGGACGCGGAAGACGAGUACUACACGUUACUGUCGGUGGUGGAGUCGAUCCCUGAGGAAGACUACUCGCCUGGGCUCCCUCGCUCCCUGUCUAGAGGCCCCCUUGUCAGUCAGAGCUGA